ACUUCACCCGUCUAACCGUCUUGGAGGUCCGCCAAACCCAAACGAACCCUGUGUUCCUGUGGCACCAAAUGGCCGCUCUCCUAAACCCUACGGCCCGGCACCUCGCCCUCGCUGCCUGCCGCCGCCUCUCGACGCCGCCAGCGGCGGAGCCCCUCGUAGCUCACUGGAGCACCCAAGCAAGAUACAGUUCAAGUCUGGUUGAGAUCAAUGGCGGAUUCAAGGAGAUGGUCACCGGCACACAGAGCUACUACGUGGUUGGAGGCAAAGGUGGUGUUGGCAAAACAAGUAUAGCAGCAUCACUUGCAAUGAAGUUGGCCAAACAUGGUCAACCGACGCUUAUAGUGUCCAUGCUCCCAGCACAUUCACUGGGUGAUACAUUUGAACAAGACCUGAGUGGCAAUAAAAUCGUGCCUGUGAAUGGAGUUGACUCUCUUUUUGCUGCCGAGAUUGGCCAUGUGAAUAUAAAGGAGGAAUCUUCUAAUGCAGGAUCUUUUAUCAGUGAUAUGCUGGGUAAGAUAGGCCUUGGAGUUCUUGCUGAUCCACUUGGAAGCAAUAAGCUGAAUGAGAUGCUGAUGAAAACUCCUGGAUUUGGAGAAGCUCUUGCAAUGUCAAAGCUGGCAGAAAUCGUAAAUCUGCAACAGAACAAUAAAUUUAGGCAGAUAGUCUUGGAUACUGCGGCCACUGGGCAUACCCUUAACCUCCUGUCUGCUACUGAUCUAAUGGAAAAGUUCCUCGGUAUGGCCAAUAAGGCUGUGAACUUAGCGUCAUCCAUCCCAGCUCUUAAAUCAGCUUUUGAGAAAGGGAAAAUAGAUUUUGCCAGAAUUGAGGAACUAAGAAAGCAGAUUGCAAGAGUACACAAGCUUCUGCAAGACCCACAAUCAACGGAAUUUAUCAUUGUGACAAUUCCUACGGCGAUGGCAAUUACUGAGUCAUCAAGAUUUCAUACAUCUUUAAAGAAGGAUGGUGCACCAGCAAAAAGGCUUAUUGUAAAUCAAGUAUUGCCACCAUCUGCAUGUGACUGCAGAUUUUGUGCUGUAAAACGGAAGGAAGAAACUCGUGCCCUCAACAUGAUAAGUGAGGAUCGUGAACUUAGUGGCUUAGAGCUGAUCCAAGCACCACUUCUCGACGUGGAGGUCAGAGGUGUUCCUGCUCUUAAUUUCUUCAGUGAUGUGGUCUGGAAAUAGCCGCCAGGAUGUCAGGCUUUGACUAGGAAUCUAGGAUUUUCAUUUUUCAUUUGAAGCUGCGAGCAACCGUAAUGCAGAAAUGUGGUGAAAUCUGGAUAUAAGAUGAAACCGUGCAGGAUAUUAGUAUAUUCAGGCUCUAGAGCUAUUAAAGCUUAUACCUGAAGAAGGUUCAGAGGAAGCCCGGAACCCAUUUGCAUACCACAUCUCGGACGCCAAAACUCAAGGGAGAAACUCUUCGUUCCCCGUUUUUGAUAUCCUACGAUUGUCCUGUUCAUGGCCCAGUAGUAACUUGGACGGAGACUGAUCUGGUACUUUUAGCAGGUUAUUAGCCACUGCCCUUGUUUUUCCCAAAGAGUAGUAACAACUACUCUGACGUGUUCAUAUAUUGAUCAUAUGACUUUGUUGUCGGUGUCCGUUGAGUGAAUCCUGGAGACUUGAUGGGAUUGGAGACUUGAUGGGAUCAAAAGUACUUGUUUAUGGUUA